AUGGAAAUGAAAGAAAUCCCGGACCGUGAACAAACGCUUUCAAUAAGCCCUUAUUCUAUGUUGGCACAAAAUAGACGCAUGGACAGCGCAAGGAACCUUUCAAAGGGGCCGAAUCCUUUUAACUCACAUUAUGAAAGAACAAGAGGUACACCUGAAGUAUCUCUCCAUCCUAAUUUUCCAAGGCUAGGAAUUUUCCAUCCGCCAAUCCCACCAGUUCGGUCGCAGCAACAUUUGGAGAGAUCGCAGGAGGAAACAAGACACGCUAAUCUCCAGAAUGAAAACAUCGGAGAAAAGUUCGCAUCUUUUGGUGUCAAUUCUUUGGGCGAAUGGUAUGGCACUGUGCCAACCCCGGGGAGCCAUUAUAGACAAUACUUGGAAUGUGUGGAAAAGCAGUCGAAAGUAUUGGACUUUUCCGAAGCCAAGCACAAUGAAGAGAGAGGAGCCGCUGCAACCCCUGCUACUUCUAGUACUUUGGUCGAAUCAAGCUCUUCUAAGUUGCAAUGCAAUGGAAUGAAAGAUCUUCCUGAGGGUCCUAUCUCUCCAAGCUCUUCCUCGGAUCAAACGAUUAGCGAUGAGGUAUGUACCAUAUUUCCAUUAUACGCAAACAGAGGUAACUUUCUGUAGGAACUGGAGGCUAAAAUAUUGGGAAGUGAACAUCGAAUGACCUUUCUCAUGGGUUGUCGAAAAAUCAAAGACGAUUGCAAAGCUGGAAAUUUUCCGAUGAAUGUAGUCGACAGAGCGAAGUACCUAUGGAAAAUUCUUUCCGAAGCCAAGGACGAUUGCCUCUGCUCUGAUGGGACAAUGGGUAAAUUGCAAGCCUUGCUUGUUGCUUGCUGCAUCUAUAUUGCAUGCCAGCAGUGCAACUUUUCUCGAACCUUCACUGCAAUUCGCAUUCUCACAAAUACAUUGUCAUCAGCAUACAAAGAGUCAAUCCCUAAAUCCCUUGAGGUUCUUUGGGAGUUCAGGAAUGACACGAACUGCUCUUGCUUGAGAGCUUUUAGUAUGUUCUCGUAUGGGGUUGUACAGUGAUAUCUGCUGACACCUUUAGGGACACCCCCCGAAGAAGAAUGCUGUCAGAUCUGCCAUAAGCUACAUAAGAAAAGUACUUCAAGUGACACAUUUGAGCCAUUAGUGUUAUGUAUGAGAUGUUCCGGAGCAUAUCACAUGAGCUGUGCGACUAAGUGCAAUGCGAUUAUUGACACUCCUAAGCCAGGUGAUUUAUUUUGUCGACGAUGCGUCCCCUGCACUAUUCAUCCUCACGUGGAGCAAAACCCUUUGAACUUAACAAAGAGGACCUUAGCACUCGCUUCCAGUGAUGCUGUUUCCAAAGAUAGAAAAAGGAUUGAAAAGGAACCAGGCGCUAGUUCAUUAAACAACGAUCUGAGCGAAAGCUAUCAACAAGGACAGCCAGAAGCCAAUAUUACCGGCAAAAGGAGGAUCGAACGACUUAAAGAACAGUGCCGCAAGGUCGCAAAAGAGUUACAUGACGCUCAUGAUGCAUACUUGACCGCUCUCGAGGAAAAUUUCCUUGAAAUUACAAUGCCAGAUCCGCCGGUUCAAAAUCAACAAACAGAAGCCGAGACAUUCCUAUCUUCUAUAGGUAUUACUGAGAAACGGAAGAUGAGAGAGCCUCUCAGUGAAAUAAUUACUAAGCGAGUUUUCAGAGGCUCAGGAGAUUUGAAUCAAUCUGGCGUAGAUAGACAAUCUUGCUAUCUCCCAGGCCGUGGAGGAAAUUGA